CACAUUCUAAUGCACUUGUAAAUCACCUAAUUUGGCCUUAAUCGGUAGUGAAGAAAAUGAAAUAUCGAAUGUCACACGACGCCACAGCGAAGUAACCUGAUAAGGUUACAGUCCACGAGGCGGUUAGUGCUAAUUCGCUUCCACAUGGGAAACUGACAGGACGACACCCCCACCAAUUACCACCAUUCGUGUACUUACUUUCUCGUGUAGGUAUAUGCCGAAACGGUGUGGCGAGGGAAUGUGUGUAUAUGUAUGCAUACAUAGUGGGUUUCACGCAGUAGCAGCAACAACGACAACUUGACAAGCCGAAAGGAAGCUUCCGAUGGUUCGUCAUAACUCUACCGAAGCUCAUUCAAGCGUCAACGCCAGCGAUACGCGGGUGCUAUCCGGUUUCGGUGGAACAUUUUGUCUACUCCAAUACCGCGCUAUCGCUGCUCGAGCGAGAAACUGUGAAGUGUUAGACCAAUUUUCCAGCAGAUUAAAAUGUGUCACAGAUACAACGAAUAAACAUCAUCAAUCAUCUCAGUCACAACAGCAAGUCCAUGCUGAACAGCAGCAGCAGCGAUCCAGGCAGAAGCAAACUCAUCAACUUCGACCGCAACCAUCACCAGUGUCGGCAGCUACCGAGACAUCCGCUGGGUGCGGGUGCGGCGAAACAGGAGCAACAGUGGUCGCCAGCACAACUAAUACCGACCAAUCAUUGCUGUUCAACGGCAAUCAAGCCACAACCCUCACCCAUCAGCUGGCUGCCCUUCCACCUCUGCCGCCAGGCAAGCUGCCCCGCGAGGGCAGUGGUCGGCUGGAAGCAGCUACAAAUCCGCAUGUGAUUCCGGCUACGACCACGACAACCACGACGACCAACUCCACAAGUGGUCAGCCGGUCCCGUUUUCUUUGUACAAGACAAUAAAUACUGUUAUCAAAAGCGGUCGCAAGAUAAUCGUACGCGUGUGUGAAGUGACCAAUGUAAAAACGAAGCUGAAAAUGUUCAACCUGUACUCGAACAUGAACAAACGCAAUGGCGCCGAGGAGAAGGAAGCGCGCGAAAUGGAAACCACCGGGCACGACCGGUUCUGCCAGGAGCGUCCUUCGAGGGAAUGGAGCUGCAUGGAGUUCGACGAUUUUCACCCUAUUCAUUGCAUGCGUCGGUCCAGCUACCGCAGGAAAAAGAAAAAGAUGCGACGCGCCCAAUCGGCGGCGGAGUUCAAUGAAGGUCGCGCCGAGGCCUCCAGCACUGCGGCCAGCAAGCGGAUGCUGUUCAGGGGCCGCUCGGUCAGCUCCGACCACGACAACUCCGAGUCGGAGCACUCCGAACGUUCACCGCUAGUCAGCGCCAAGCUGGAUUCGCUGGCCAAGUUGCUGUUCAGCCGAAGUCUGCUCCCAGAUGGAACGACCAGUGCAGUGAAAGAAAAUGAAUCGCCGACAAGACACAACGUGCGAUAUCAGUAUACCGCCCUGGACAGUGGCGUCGGAGCGCCGGAUCGGAGCCCACGGGAGCGGGCAGCGAGAGAUCGGGCCUUUGCUGCCUGCCAGGACUGGCUUCAGAACACUGGAGGCCGCUACGAGUCGAUAGCACAUCUAGAUGACAUCGGCUCUCGGGCAAACAAGCACUGGUUCCUGCUGAAUGAUUGCACGAUACGCACCGAUCGGCUCAUGACGCUGCUUCCGUUACCUCCCGACUGUGUUGCUUUAGAGGAGCUGCCCCCAUCCGAGUGCCCACAAGGUGUCCUAAUGGAGCUGUUUGGUUCACUGCAGCAUCCGUAUAUCUAUCCCGUACUAGAUUUAGGCUUUUUCCCUACCGAAUCGAAUCACUACGCAUGCCUCGUAAUGCCAUUCAACCAGCGGGGUAGUCUGAAGGAUCUCAUUUACAAGUCCCAGUGGAAUGAACCGUGGGGACGUAAAUAUACGCGGAAGUCCACCUGCCUACCACUGUCCCAGGUACAACGACUAGGGCGGCAAAUUUUAGAAGCAUUAUUAUUUUUAAGAGAACGCGGUAUAUCAUCCCACGGUCAUUUACACAGUGGAAAUGUAAUACUCCAAAAUGGUGUCGCCAGGCUAUCCGGUCUGGAAAACGGUCUGCUCGGAUUGAACUCGCGGGUGAACGCAGUGAUGUGCGCCCGCUCGGCUCCGGAUAUCGACAACAUCGACGUGAUCUGCUUCGGCCACUUGUUGUUCGAGAUGUGCGCUGGAUAUGAGCUGACAUCGCCCCAACCGACCCCCGGUCACUAUCAGCUCGAUCUCGAACGCUAUCCACAGGUCGUUGACGUGCUGCAAAUGAUUUUCGAAUCUCCCGAUGGUCGAUAUCCGACGGUCGAAGAACUGGUCUAUUGUGAUAUAUUCCGCAAUAUCGAUUUAAGAGAACUGCGAGGAACAUGUGUGCCUUCCUUCAAACAUGGUUUGAGUAGCUCUACGCUGAGUCUGUUGAAUGCCGUACGAAGAAGACAGGGGGCGAUAUUAAGCGGAUCAUACAGCGAAGGCAGCUCGCCAUGUACGCCACCAUCGACGCCACGCGAGCGGAAAACUGGUGACGUAGAAUCCUCCGAUCUGUCUAGUAGUGAUUCCGAAGAUCUGUUAGAUGAAAUAGUUAUAGCGUCAGCCCGUAUCGACGAUCCCGCCCAUUAUGACCCACUGAGCUCGCCGAUACAUUACUGUGACAAUAACGUUCAGUCGGACGAUAACAGCAAUAGUAACACAAUCAUUCGUAUAGAUUCGAUCGAGUCCCAGGGCUCGACGUCGUCGUCCGGUGGCUCGAUACAGCUGCAGCAGUUGAAUCCCUCGUCAGCGUACAAAAACUCGAAAUCACGUCGCAUGGAGUACAGCCGUCGCGGAAUGAUUCUUGGGCUCAGCAAUCCUUCGCAAGAUUCCGCCAUUGGUUCUAUGACCGAUGGCGAGUCCUCCCGGGCGUCCAGCUUUAAGUUGAGCAGCUUCGCCUCGAUGAACUCUCCCAUCGACGAAGGAGUCGAAGAUCUGUUGGCGGAAGGCGCGACGGGGUCAAUCGCGGCCACGACGGCCGGAUUAAAAUACAUAGAUUCGGCAGGUUCAUCGCCGUGUCACGAGCAUCACGCCAGUACAUCACCUCGAGAUACUCACCCGGGUUCGUCAAUAUCGCGUGAUAUAUCUCCAAAUCAUUCAGGUCGCUACCUGGAGCCUCCGAAGUUAGUUAUAAACAAUCAUUCAUCAUCUACCACCAAUUCCACACUCUGCUACACUUCAUCGCCACUCCGUAAAUGUGCCACAACGGAAGUAUUUUCGCAAAAAUACAGGGUAUCUUCCUUCGAAGACAUGUCCUACUCGUCCCGUGUAGCCAACAGAUCGAUCAGAAACAGCAGUCGGAAAAUUUUCCGUUCGUUCGAAGAGGAGCGACGGAUUGAUUCCGCCUUCAUGCCCAUCGUUACCAGCUGUUCUAGCAUGGCAAACCGACUGAACCAACAACAGCAGAUGCAACAAACGAAGCAGCGCCAACAGCCGGUCGCCCAGCUGCAUCACCAGCUAUCACUCCCACCGACGUUGACGUCAACGUCUCCGAAACAUCUCGUUACUCCAGCGCAGUACAAUCAACUGGCGAAGAAGAAAAAUGCUUCGUUCCAAAAUCUACAGAGUAUAGCGUCCCCACGCGACAAGUUAUGCCACUGGCGAAAUAAGCUCAUCAAAUCCAAUGAAUGUUUGUUUGAAACUUCGUUCAACAUGUCUCCUUCGUCGACGACUCUGAGCGAAGUAGAUAGACUGCUAAGUCACGGUAAUUCAACACAAGAACUUCCAACGACAUCCGCGGCAGCUGCCAGAGCUGAGGCUGACCGAUUUAUACUCACACCUGAGCCGAUUGUAAUGAAUCCGCAGAGAACCCGAGCCGACCGUCAACAGCUGUUCAGCUUAGCCAAGUUCAAACACAGCACCAUCCUAGAUAGCAUCUCACUGGAAGAUUUUUCCGAAGAAGAUCGAAGGGACUUGCUGCAGACUACGAGCAGUAUAUCCAACAGUUCAACGAAAGACUGCUCGUCGGAUGACCGAACCGAAAUCGAGGUACACCGGUUAGAAAACUCAUCCACGAACGAUACAAGUGACCACGACAGCAGCAGUAUAACGGAUACGCUCCUUCAAUCGCCUAGUCACAAUCCGAACCAACGACGCUUCAGCAGCGGUAGCUGUAGCAAUGCGUACGAGGUUCGCAGGUAUCUGGACGACAACGCCACCAGUGACGGAGGUUUCGGCGGUGUGAACGAGGAGAAAACACCCCUGCUCGAGGGUAUGGAACUGUCACCCAUCUCGCCCACUGAAUCGGAACAAAUGUUGUGAUAAUAUAAUAGCUCGGUAAACUAUUUUUUUAUCGAUUUAAACUCUAUUCAACAUGAGGUAUUAGUCUAGGGAUGAUCAAAUAGAAACAAAUCUAAUUUUAGCGAGUAUUAACUUUAAUAAAUAACGAUUGUUCCGUUCCAAACGCUACCGUAAAUACGCAAUUCACGAUGAAAUACAGGUCUUUUAGGAAAAUUUUAGUAGAUCUUUUUUUGCUGAAAUCCAAAUAGCUUCGCGAGACCUCAACGAAUGUUCUCGACGGCAUAUGGUAUCUCAAAGCGGAAGUUCGUAUUAUAAUAGAUCAACAUUCAAAGAUUUUCUAAUCAAAUUCAUUAGAUUCAAGAUGAAUUCAAUGCGAGGAUCUCUGACAACAAAUACCAUUCUGGGGAAAUGGGCGGGGAAACGAACUUGAUAAUCGAGGCGGCUACAAAACGUACAUCAAAGCAAGAAUGUCAAUCAACUACAGUAAUCAGUAUUCAAACAAUAAAUUAAACGAUAAAUUGAGGCUAUCCUAAGAAACUAAGCAUGUAGCAGUUUAAAACAAUGGAUCUUAAAAACGCACCGAAGCUGAAUCCGGUGAUCAAACAUCUAAAUAGUUUUCCAUAAUUCAUAAAUGGAGAAGAAAAAGAUUAAUAGGAACAUGUAAGACAGAUAGGAUGACUUGUACACGAAAAAUUGAAUCGAUUGUUCUAAUUUUUGAAGUCUACAUAGUGAAGCCACGUUUGUAAUUUUAUCCUAAAAUUCAUUACCAAUAUUGAGAGAUUCCGAAAAAAUUGAGAAAAUUUUUAAUUAUCAGAGAAAAUCGUCCUUCUAAUUAAUCUGAUGUUUUGGGAGAUUUAGAAUAAUAAUUUAUAGUGGAUUGAGAGCCCAACAUCGGAAUACAUCAAAUGCUUACUGCGCUUACUUUCUUCCCCAAACGAAUGAAAGAACGACAAAUCGAACGUAGAACUAACAACAACAAAAACCUAAAGCCGUCCCAACAAGAUCAAUUACUUUAUCGCUCCUAGUGUUUGUCUAUCCACACGGAUGCAAAGAAGAUAAUGAUAUUCUUGGCCACAAUACAUUCUAUUGUGUAACGUUAGCAAGCAAGCGAAAUAAAAGUACUAAACCACUAUGCACAUAAGUUGUUUGAAAUUUAUUUGCGAGCUUUUUCAGCAAACCUAAGGUACUUUUUUAUGUAAACUUUCACGCGAGAAGUGAUACAGUUGUACGCAUCGUUUCUCCAAACACGAUUUAUAUUAAUAUCAAAGGAUGAAAUGAGAUUAGAAAAUGUAAAAUGAACAAAACAAUAUAGUGAAAAGUUUUAAAGAUUUUAACAUUCAUCCAGACUAAAUUAAACAUGGAGGAAAAAGAAUAAUAUGUAUAAACUAUAGACCAUUAAACAUAUAGAUAUAUCGACAACAAAUUUCAUUUUCGGGUCCAAACUACGUCAAUAGUGAGUUUAAUAAACUAACGAAACCUGUAUAAACAAAAACAAAAAAGUGAACACCUAUAAUUGCAUUACUUUGCCUUCAUGAAACGUAUAAUAGAGCCAUCUCAUCUUACUGAAAAUAACAGAAAGAUAUUCAUUCGAUCCAGAGGAGACACAAUAUGAAAUAAUGUAAUCCAUAAGAUGCAAACAAUAAGCUGGGAAACUGUCUACCGCUCACUGAACCUUCAUUUGAUCGUGUGACGUCCGCUAUUACGCCUUGAUAUCGCUCCCAAGAUUAGCGUCUGGAUGAAUUAUUCUUGAUCAACGUCUCAAUUUGUUCAUCAUCAAUGACGACAUAAACUUUUUAAUCUCAUAAGAUGGCAAUGAAUUAAAAUGUUAUGUAGAGUACCGUGCAAAACUUCUUUGUCGACUGUGUUGUUGUCGAACGCCUAACAGUUGAAGUUGAUUUGACAAUUCUCGAAUUUAAUAAUAAUGAUUCUGGUGACAACUCUAUGACCCAACCAUUUUUUUCCAGCGUUUAGUUUCCGACCUUAUCAGUGUUGAAAAUUGGUAAAUCACGAUGCAUUUCGAAUUCAUUAAUGUCUGAUGACAUUUGUACCCUCAAUAAACGGAUUAGUCUCUUGUAGAAAGGCUUAAUAUCAUGCUGGCCAUGAGAGCAUAAGAAUUCAUAAGGAAGAAAUCGUUUAUAUCUCUUAUAUCUCGAGGAAUGAAAUACGAAAAAGAUUAUCCAGUCAAACAGAGAUAUUCUACUGUACCUUCAUAGAAAAAUAUCAAAAUUAUGUCUCUUCAUUUUCUGAUAACGAUUUUUGAUCACUUAACUAUGCUUAAAUGUCCUGUUUGGUUGCGAAAUUCUGAUCGCAGACAGAUUUUUCGAACGACGUAUCAGUAUUUCGAUCCCCGUAUUUUAUUGCGACUCUAUGAAUAUCAUCACCACAAGAACAGCGUUGAAACUUUCACCAGCGAAAGAGGAAUACUUUAUGAACAAACUGCUGUCAAAAAAAAUCUUGUAGCGAUCGCUGUGCGUGCCACUACAAAAAAAUAAAUUUAAAUUUUUCAUCAAGUACACCAUUUAUUUUAUUGAAAAAAGUGCAAGAUCUUACACAGUAGAUUCUAAAUAGUACGUUUACAGUGAAAAACUUUUCAACUUGUUACCUUUUCAACUAAUUUCAACAGAAUUUUCUGCCGGCGCUCUGAAAUCGUGGUUUUUUUACAUACAAAUGACUCCCAAAUUAAUAUCGUACAUUUUUAGAAGCCGGAAAAAAUUGGACUAUUGCCAGAUACCUUUUGAAUGUUUUGGAUAAGGAAAAUAUUGAAAUAACAUUCCAAGUGCAGCAAAAAAAAUAUUUUAUAGUUGUCAGCCCCGUACAAGGGAUGAAUCCAUCACUUUGUCUAAACUUCCUGGUCAGCUUAGACAAACAUCCGGUCAGUUCAACGCUCUUGAACAGCAGUAGACGUGGUAAUAGGAUAUGGAACAGAAGUACGAUGGUUUUAGCCAGCGGCGUAGUGAGGGUAGAAAACGCCACCGGAGCCCAAAAAGUGCCACUUUUGUCGAAUUUUCACUAGUUUUGAGAUUGUAAUAUUUUGAGAAAACUUUGAGCAGUUCCUUCGAGCUUCGCUUAUUCUCUAGUCAAAUAUUUGCCCUGUGUGCUUUAGCUGAAGCAAAAUAAUCCACAAUUGCAUCUAAAUCAAGGUCUGCUAGCGAUUCUUUCUCGAUCGAAAGAAUGGCCAAGUCAUUGAGUCGGUCUUGGUUCAUUUUAUAACGCAGAUAAUUUUUAAUCAGUUUAAUCUUGCUGAACAUGGUUGCCACAUAUACAUACUAUUCUGUACAGAUUUUUCAACAAAUUUCAGAUACAGAAUUACAGAUUUUCAGUAAAGAUAUAGAAUUUACGGAUUUUUUUCGAAAUUCAGUUUUAAAUAUUAAAUUUGUUACAGUACAUACAUAGAUACCUUGAUUUAUAAAAAUGCUGAACCCAUGCAACGAGAUGGCUUUCGCUGGAGGCAGUUAUUAAGCGAAAUCUAGAGCGAAUUGAAAAGCAUAAACUAUUAUUUUCGUUCCAAGUUAAGUUUGACCAUUAUCAAUCAGCCAAUCGUAUAUUAACUCAUUGAAACGAUCCUAUGACUAAACCGAUUAUGCUGUUUCUAAACUUUGUUCUCUUGUUCUCCUUCAAUCAUAAAGUUCUCAAUUUUGCUAACUUUAUAAUUAAGCAAAAAUGUUAUUGUUGAUCAUGUUGGGUAACUUAUGUAUGGAGAGCUACGUGCAACGAUUCGCUGGUGCUGACCUUGAUGUGAAAUGUUUUGAAGACUUUCUGGAGAAGCCUGAGGAUGUUUACGUUAGUAUCGAUGCAGAAGAAGCAUACAAAGGAUUGGAUGCAGCUUGGGAACUGAUCCUCCAAACGAUUUGUCGUGAAUAAUACAUUGAUCUCGUGAAACAGAUUUAAAGCGAUUUGAGUUCUGCAAUCCGGUUAUCAAAAUAGUGACCAAAGCCAAUUUCCUCAAUUCGUUGAAGCAGGUAAUAUUUAGACAAGGCUUGUAUAAGGAAUUCAGGCUACUCAAGAUGAAUCUUAUGAGGCAAAAAUUGAGUGACUCAGAUAUAACUUGGUCCCAGCUGAUGGAUGCCAAAAGGCGUGAUGAGAAAUUUUUGUAUCCACUGAUAAGGUCGUUCGAAAGACACUGUUUUACAACAUUCAUCAAUCGUUUGGCAUCCACAAUUAUAGACUCUAUUUUGAAAGCGAAGAACUAUGGAUGAAAGUGACGAAAAAUUAGAAGGCAAAGUCCAACAAAACCAUGUACAAACAUCAUACAAUUCAGAGGAUUAUGAGAAACCCUUUCAAUGUUUUUUUUUUAUAUUGAUACGACUUCAACUACCCAUAAAUAAGGAGAUUAAAUUCAAAAUGCAAAUAAACCUGUAUUUUAAUUUUUUCCCUCAAUUUUUUGAUACAGAUUUUUUAUUCAGAUUUUUCUGCUAAAAAUACAGAUAUACAGUUUUUCAGAAAUUUGUACAGAAUUAAAUGUGGCAACCCUGUUGCUGAAAUUGCGUUCGCACGAUACAGAUGGAAUCGUCAGGAAAAUUCGUAGCGCCGUCUCGACGUUACGAUAAACUACUAGCUCCUUCAUCUUCGUCUUGAACGUCGUUAAAUAUACUAAUUUCAUUGAUGAUACAAGUUCCCUGUACCAACGUCUGAAGAUUACUUCCGUCCGUAAUUUGGCGCAGCCUGUUUCAAACGAUCCAUCCUCAUAGGCAAUGGCGUCGAGUGGACCCAGCAAACAUUAAGUCGUAUGAAUAGCUAUAAUUGGAGGCGAUAUACAUACAACCAAGACACAUUUGUAUGAUAUAUGAUGCAGAUAACUAGCAUAUACACACAAAAGUGGAGGCGAUAUACGUAUAUGCCAUAUUUUGUAUGCAUAUAAAGCCGUAUAUAACGAUAUGCGAUGCUUUUUGGACUGAUAUGCGAUUUGAUCCGACAACGUUACCACUCAAUCCAUCGAUGACAUGGAAAAUCGUGUUUUUGCAUUUUAUGCGAUUUUAGAUAUAUAUGAUCGAUAUUUUGAUUGAUAUUUUAUGCGAUUGUGAUUUGAUACGAAAUUAUAUGUGACUUAUCAUGUGCAAAGUAAUACGAUUUAAUGUUUGCUGUGGAGCUUUCGCACCCUCUCUCUCUUUGCUAAAGGGCGAACACGAAAUUAUUGCGACACCGAAAAUGUCAUGCCAAUUUUCUUAUAAUGUUUAGAAUCAAACCAAAAUUUUAGGGUAGUUUUAUACAUAUAUUUACUUCAAAAAUCAAAAGAAAAGUUAAUCGAUGGAGCCUUGAGUGUCAAAUUGAACGCAUUUUCGCUUGAUGUCCUCCAUCAAAGUCUUUACAGUGUCAUACGGUACCAGUUUCUCAGUUUUUUUUCCAUUUUCUUAACAUGUCCUUCUCGUCUUUGACUGUCUUCUUGCUCUUCCGAAGUUCCCGCUUCAUUAUUGUCCAGUACUGCUCCACCGGACACAGCUCCGGACAGUUUGGCGGGUUCAUGUCCUUUGGAACAAAAUGGACAGAAUUGGCCUCAUACCACUUCAGGACACUUUUAGAAUAGUGGCAUGAUGCCAAAUCUGGCCAAAAUAGCGGAGCUUCGUCGUGCUGCUGCAAGAACGGCAAAAGGCGCUUCUCGAGGCACUCAGAUUUGUAGAUCUCGCCAUUUACUGUGCCCUUUGUAACGAAAGGCUCACUCCUCAGUCCGCAAGAGCAUAUGGCCUACCAAACGCCAUACUUCGACAUUUUCUUUUUCUUAAAUUUGUCGUCCACAUCGAACUUGCUCUUGCCGGUGAAAAACUCCAACCCCGGAAUUUGCUUAAAAUCGGCUUUUAUAUACGUUUCGUCGUCCAUCACACAGCAGCCAUAUUUUGUCAGCAUCUUCUCGUAGAGCUUCCGUGUUGCCGCUCAUCACGGUUUGGGAAGUUCUGUACCUUGUAUGUAUGUAGUCCAGCUCUCUUCUUUGCAUUCUGGCAGUAGCUCUGCGACAUGCCGAUCUUUUUAGCCAAAUCACGGCUUGAGACGUUGGAAUUUGCUUUAAUCAUCCGCUUCACUUUCCCUCCGUCUUUUUGUUCUCCGGUUCCGGUUUUCUUCCAGCUCCUUUGCCGCGGUCCAGCGUCAACCGCUCCUAGAACCGCUUCAACACUCUGGAGACGGUUGAAUGGUGAAUGUUCAACAUUUUUCCCAACUGCCGGUGCGACAGGUCAGGAAAUUCCAGGUGUUUGGAAAGAAUUUGUUCUCUCGACUCGCGUUGGUUUACCUCCAUUUUCGUUGAAUCGAAAAACACGACUUCGAGUUUGACAGCAUGUAGACAAUACACAUCAAUGAGAAAGUGUGCAAAAUUUGGUUGAUUUUUACCCAAUGGUAGAAAAGUUAUGCCCUGUUGAAUUUGUCGCAAUAAUUUCGUGUUCGCCCUUUAUCUGUAUAUGGUAUAUGCCGAAUGGUGAAGUAUGUGUUAAUGUAGGAAGGAAGGAAGGUUUUGUAUUAUAGAGACUUUAAACUUUUUCAGUUCAUUCGUCUCUAGCCUUGAGAAAGGCUAGGCUACUCCAGCACUACACCUCCACCCUCUUGCCUUGAGAAAGGCACUCGAUCCCUCGCCGUCCAGCUCGUCCAGCAACGAUGUUGUCCAGCCGGUGUCCACGCAACGAAUGUUAAUGUAGGAGUGUUUCUACACUCCUUAAAUCGUGUACCUGGAGGCGGUCCGCAUCCCCGCACCCCCAGUCGAAGCCACUGCUUAUAAAUGUUUGUCCGUUCCCCGUUAUCGAUGAAAAAUCUAUAAUAAUCUUUAUAUCCGCUGUAGCUUCUUCACUCUUUUCCAACUGCAAUAUUAUUUUCUCGAAUAAAGAGAUAACUCCAAUCGAAAAUUAUCUCCAUUCGUUAGAGGGGCUGUAGAUUUUCCGUAAAAUUCUUAGUUGAAUACACCUUUCUUUUGCGUGCUGAAUGGCAUGAUUAAAUGCUUACUUCUUCAUCUCCUCGAAUGAUGCACGUAAGGCUUUAAGAAGUUUACUUGACACGUCGAAGGUCAUGCCUUUUGAUUGUAACGACUCAUUCACUUCAUCCAUACUAUUUAGGAUUAUAUCCCAAAGUUCCACAAGACAACAAAAAAAAUUAACACGGUCACGCCGGCGCUUGUUCCUCGUUCAUGUUCCUCGUCAUCUGGCGUCACUCCGGAAUCAUGGUUCGUUUUAUAGCAGCAUCCUUGUGGUUAGUUGAAAAAAUAGAUGGCAAUAUGUUUGCCAAUGCCUGUCAACCCCAAAUACACUGUUUGACACUGCCUUGUAAAUUCACUUUAUUGCGCCUUUGGUUAAGCAAAAAUUAAAACAAUAUUUCUAGAGCAGCAAAAAAAUGGUUUUAUAUAGCCUAACAAAGAAAAAUAUAAAAUAUGAAUUUUUCAUCAAAUAUACCAUAUAAAAUUUUAUUGGAAAAAAAUUGAUCUGCAUGAUCUCACACAGUAGAUCCAAAAUAGAACACUCACAGUUUAAAAAUUUAUCAACUUGUUGCAUUUUCAACGAAUUUCAACAGAAUUUUCUGCCGGCACCACAAAAUCGCGGUUAUUUUACAUAAAAAUGAUUCCCAAAUUGAUAUCGUACAUUUUUAGUUGUCCUAAUAAAAUUGGAGUAUUGCCAGAUACCUUUAGAAGUCUUUGGUUAAACAAAAUAUUGAAAUAAUAUUCCAAGUGCGGCGAAUAAAAUAUGAAUAUAGUUGUCAAUCCGCGUUGACGGCAUUGAGCUUCGUUUACAAGUUUAGGGGAGCGUCAAAUAAUGAAUAAUAAAAAUAUUUUUUUUUUUAUAAAAUUAUGAAUGAAGUUUAACUUUUCUGUAUCAAAUUAGUAUUCUAUUCAAGUGAAACACACCUUUUUUGAAGGUGGUGAAAAAACUCAAACGAAUUUUUAUUAUAAUGAAAAGAUUCAGUAACAAUGUUGGAAAUGUAUAGCCAUAUAGUUGAAUAAAAGUCAGAAAUACGUGCUUCAAGUAACUAUAUUAGGGGGUCUCCGUAGCCACAUUGGUUACGCGUUCGCUUAGUAAGCGAUCGAUCGUGAGUUCAAAACUCAGGGCCCUCAUUGACCAUCUUUGUGUUGUUACAGAAUAGCUACGUCCACGCAACAAUCAUCAGCGAUGGAGAUCGAUCCACGGUCGAAAUAAGAUCGAUUCAUCCAUACAACUGCUCUGCUCUGCAAGACACAUCGGGCUGCUGUUCUAUAAAUAACUCAACAAUGAUCAAUCCAACUGUCUCCGCUGUCCGGUCUAACUGGAUAAUGGAAGAACAGAACGAAAACUCUUACGCCUAUAUGGCAACUGUGUAAAUGUGUACCAUAUGCAAUGGUAUAGAAGGGAAUACUCUAACGCCGAAAACAUGGCAACUGUGUAAUGUGCUAAUUAUAGAUAUGAUAAACAUGUGACAUGUACACGAUUGAAAUUCGGCUCUGUUACAGCCAAGAUGCUAAUAAGCCUGAAAUAAACAAAAGGGAUAAAAAAAAAAGUAACUAUAUCUCCUUUGACAUCAUACAUAGAAUAACGCCCGCAUAUAUGCAAUAUUCAAAUAAUGCACGUGGACCACAUCAAGACGGGUCUAUGGUACUAGGUGAGGCCGUUUCGUCACUAAGUUGGUUAGGGGAGCGGUUUAUGAAAACAGUACGGAAGAAAGCAGAAGGGGAAUUAUUUGCUUGUAGCGUGAAAGAGACAGACUGAUCACGAGCGAGCUUCGGCACCAGCGUAUUGUGUUUUGUUUACAAACAAAACACAGUAGACUUCCAAGAUGGCUGAAAAGUGGUUUUUGCAAAUUGACCCACCUUAGGAUAUACUUCUAGGCGCCUUGGACCACAUAAGUUGAACGAAUACUGAACAUGAAUUGUUCCAAAAUUCCUUUCAGCUGGGAGAACCAACUAUAACUUCCUAGGAGUUGAGAUAACCAAAAAAACAAAUACAAUCUGUUUAUUCCAACAGAAUGAACAAACAGAUUAAGCGGUCGACAGUUUCCCAAAGCUAUUCAAGUAGCAAAAUUCCACAUAUUACGAGCUUGAUAUUUUAGAAGAAGAACAAGAACCCCUAUCCCGCAACCAACGAAAAUAAUCGAUGCCAAAUUUAAAAAGUUCCGAAACAAAAAAAAAUAAUUAUGAGAGUGUUAAGCCCAAUUGUUACAAAAGAAAAAAAAACUUGCAAUGAUUAUCAUCUGAACGAGAAAGAAAAUAUUUUCCGACAAAAAGAAGCAUCCGACGAAUCAUUUAAAAUUUUAGGAAACACAGAUUUCAUUCUAACUUGUAAAUCAUAUCAACAAGCAAAAUAGCAAUAAUAAA